CUCCCGGCUCUCUCCUCAUCCCCUGCUUCUCGAGCUGCACACCUCAUCUCAUAUCAUUGCCAUUCCCUCCUUGCGAGUAGCACCGGCAGCAGCAAUGGCCAGCCUCGCCGACCUCGUCAACCUCGACCUCAGCGACUGCACCGACAAGAUCAUCGUCGAGUACCUCUGGAUUGGAGGAUCCGGUAUCGACAUCAGGAGCAAAGCAAGGACGGUGAACGGCCCCAUCACGGACGCGAGCCAGCUGCCCAAGUGGAACUACGACGGCUCCAGCACCGGCCAGGCUCCCGGAGAGGACAGCGAAGUCAUCCUCUACCCCCAGGCCAUUUUCAAGGACCCGUUCAGGAGGGGCGACAACCUCCUUGUUAUGUGUGACUGCUACACACCACAAGGUGUGCCAAUCCCCACCAACAAGAGGCACAAUGCCGCCAAGAUCUUCAACACCCCCAAGGUUGCAGCUGAGGAGACAUGGUAUGGAAUUGAGCAGGAGUACACUCUCCUCCAGAAGGACGUGAACUGGCCUCUUGGCUGGCCCAUUGGUGGCUACCCUGGUCCUCAGGGACCAUACUACUGCGCCGCCGGCGCCGACAAGGCGUUCGGGCGUGACAUCGUGGACGCCCACUACAAGGCGUGCCUCUACGCCGGGAUCAACAUCAGCGGCAUCAACGGGGAGGUCAUGCCCGGCCAGUGGGAGUUCCAAGUCGGGCCGUCCGUCGGGAUCGCCGCCUCAGACCAGCUGUGGGUGGCGCGCUACAUCCUCGAGAGGAUCACGGAGGUUGCCGGGGUGGUGCUGUCCCUGGACCCGAAGCCGAUCCCGGGCGACUGGAACGGCGCCGGCGCGCACACCAACUACAGCACCAAGUCGAUGCGGGAGGCCGGCGGGUACGGCGUGAUCAAGACGGCCAUCGAGAAGCUGGGCAAGCGGCACGCGCAGCACAUCGCCGCCUACGGCGAGGGCAACGAGCGCCGCCUCACGGGCCACCACGAGACCGCCGACAUCAACACCUUCAAGUGGGGCGUGGCGGACCGCGGCGCGUCCAUCCGCGUGGGCCGCGACACGGAGAAGGACGGCAAGGGCUACUUCGAGGACCGCAGGCCGGCCUCCAACAUGGACCCCUACGUCGUCACCUCCAUGAUCGCCGAGACCACCCUCCUCCUCUGAGCUCUGAGCGACCAGCAGCCAAUGCCUACCACACCGCCGGACGACACUUAGGCUCUCGACCUUCUCGAUCGAGGGUGGCCAUUGAUUGAUUUCUGCAAAAUGUUUCGUGUUUUCCGUUUCUUUUGCAAGGUCUAGCCUGUUUUGGGGGCGUGUCUUUCACUUUACUCGUUCAGAUAAGAGUAAGAGUCCUCAGUGUGCUCUGAAAAUAAUGUUGUUUCCUCAUUCCGAUAAAUGAAAUCAUGGAACCUUGUGAUGUGAUUCCGUUCGAUCACAUGUCA